AUGCAAGCGGACACUUCCUAUGGCCAAGAACCCCAACAGACGCGUUCAGCUAGGACCAACCAGGACGGAGCUGGUCCAUCUGGUGCAGUGAAGCGCCUGCUGUGUGCAGAACCGCUCGAACCGUCGCCCUCGCGUCCUCUGCCGAAGACCUUGUCUCUGGGGCUUUUUGUCUCAUGGCAUACAUUGGGUGCGAAGUCCCGUCACAAUUGUCUCACUUUGAGAAGGAUUCCAUGCGUGGAGGACCUGCAGGGCCUUGCACGCGACUUGAUGACAAGGGCAUUCUCUCCGGGCACCAUGCCCGCGCACCUCUCGGCAACCUCCUCGCGGCUUUAUUACCACUACACCCCAGAGCAGGAAUGCCUCAGCUUGCCGUCGGACGUGGUGCGUACCCACUUAAAGCUCAUCGUAACGUACGACGGCUGGGAGUACGUUGUGUACGAGCGAAAGCUCCGUACAGAUCCUACGCAUCAGGAGGACGACGAGACGCCGUUGCUUGUCACGGUAGUGGAGUUUGAGAGUACGGCACUGGUGAUUGGCCACCUCGGCAUCCGAGUACUGCUCGUGUCGUACCCCACCGUGUCGAUUCGCAAGGACUUUCUGGACGAUAUCGACUACCGUCUUCGAGCCGAUCCAGAAAACUUCAAGGGUAUCCUUAGCUGA